GCCCCGCGCUUCCAAGCCUUGGACCUCCGCUCUUGGGGAAGCGCGUUGCAGAUCCGCGAGGAUGGUGGGCGCGACGCCCGUGCGCAGCCCGGUGAACCUGCGGGAACUGCUGCUGGCCGGGGCGGAGGGGGGUAGCGCCACCACCACGGAGGGGGGCAGCCCCGCCACCACGCCCACCAGUAGCGGUGGCGGUGGCGGCGGGCCCGGGGUGGCCUCCCCCGCGGAGGAAGAGGAGGUGUGCGUGGUGGGCAUCUUUGGCAAAACGGCUUUGCAGCUCUGCUCCGAGAAGGCGGCCUUGGUGAACACGGUCUGCGACAGGCAAGUGUUCCCUCUCUUCCAGCGGGAGACCGAGGCCAGGCCGGCGGACGGGGAAGGCGUCGAGCUGGCCGCGGAGUCCCCUGCGCCUUCCUCCUCCUCCUCCUCCUCUUCCUCGUCUUCUUCCUCCUCUUCUUCUUCUUCCUCCUCCUCCUCCUCCUCUUUGCAGGGGGAUUACAACCUCUUGCAAGCCUAUUACAGCCCGGAGUGCAAGGUGCUCUACCUGGUGCUCACCUCCAUCUGCGACAGCCGCCAGCUGCUGCAAGCCUGUAGGGACCUCGAUGCCAUGGGGGAUGGCCGGGUGCCUGGGGGCCUAGGGGGGCACCCUGCCCAAGGUGGCUCCCCACUGCCUCACGCGGAGGCCCACGAGUUUUGGAAGCACCAGGAGAAACUGCACUGCCUCAGCCUGCUGUACCUCUUCUCCGUCUGCCACAUCCUGCUGAUGGUGCACCCAACGUGCUCCUUCGACAUUACCUACGACCGGGUUUUCCGGGCUUUGGACGGGCUGCGGCAGAAGGUGCUGCCCUCCCUGAAGUCUGCCAUCAAGGACUGCCCCGUCGGCAAGGACUGGAAGCUCAACUGUCGGCCUUGCCCGCCCCGCCUUCUCUUCCUCUUCCAACUCAACGGGGCCCUCAAAGUGGAGCCCUCUCCGGGCAGGGGGCAGGAGCUUUGUGGGCAUCUGGAGAAGCCUCCCCCGAAGAAGCACUCCCCCAAGAGGAGGCUCCAGCACGCUCUGGAGGACCAGAUCUACCGCAUCUUCCGCAAGAGCCGGGUGCUGACUAACCAGAGCAUCAACUGCCUCUUCACCGUCCCGGCCAACCAGGCGUUCGUUUACAUCGUGACGGGCGGAGCUCAAGAGGGCGACGACCCCAUUGCAGUCUUGCUGGAUCAGCUCCGCAGCAACUGCACGGCCCGAGAGGCGGAGUCCAUCUUGACGCCUGCCUUGACCGGGCCCAGGAGGUACCAGAUGAUGCGCCAUGGGCGGCAGCAGCUAUCCUUCCACGUGGAGAGCAGCAGCUCUGGUUCUUCGGGCCAGCUGGUGGACUGCACCUUGAAAGAGUUCCUUUUCCAGCACGUUGAGCUUGUCCUUGGCAAGAAGGGCUUCGAUGACAGCGUGGGCAGGAACCCCCAGCCGUCCCACUUCGAGCUUCCUACUUACCAGAAGUGGGUGGCCACUGCCCUGAAACUGUAUGAAGUAGCAAUUGAAGGCAAAGACAGUGACCCUUCUUCUGUUGCUGGGGAGCUGACUUCCAAGAUUUUGAGCAGCAUCAAAGUCUUGGAAGGCUACUUGGACAUCGACACCAAGUUCUCGGAGAACCGUUGCCAGAAGGCCUUGCCGAUGGCCCACAGUGCAUACCAGUCCAACCUGCCGCAUAACUACACCAUGACGGUGCAUAAGAACCAGCUGGCUCAGGCCUUGCGGGUGUACAGCCAACAUGCCCGGGGACCGGCUUUUCACAAGUACGCCCUGCAGCUGCACGAAGACUGCUACAAGUUUUGGAGCAACGGCCACCAGCUGUGCGAAGAGAGGAGUCUGACUGACCAGCACUGCGUGCACAAGUUUCAUUUGCUCCCUAAAUCAGGGGAAAAACCUGAACCGGAUCGGAACCCACCAGUGUUGUACCACAACAGCCGUGCUCGCUCCACUGGGGCCUGCAAUUGUGGAAGGAAGCAGGCACCCAGAGACGAUCCCUUUGACAUCAAAGCAGCAAAUUAUGAUUUCUAUCAGCUGUUGGAAGAGAAAUGUUGCGGCAAACUGGAUCAUAUCAACUUCCCCAUAUUUCAGCCGAGUACACCAGACCCGGCCCCGGCCAAGAAUGAAUCGUCGGCCAGCCCUUUGGAAGGGGAAGUGGAAAAACUGAAGGAGAAGGAGCCGCAAACUCAAGGCGAAAGCACCAGCCUGAGCUUAGCUCUCAGCUUGGGCCAGUCCACAGAUAGUUUGGGUACCUACCCUGCGGAUCCACAAGGUGGAGGGGACACCACAGAGGCUCAUGGGCAGGCUGCAGAAUCCAAAGGGGAAAAGAGGCCAAGCUUGGUAGACCGUCAGGCAUCCACGGUGGAGUAUCUCCCUGGGAUGCUCCACUCGAAUUGCCCAAAGGGUCUUCUGCCCAAAUUUUCCAGCUGGUCACUGGUGAAACUCGGCCCUGCCAAGGCUUACAACUUCCACACUGGCUUAGACCAGCAGGGCUUCAUCCUAGGGACAAACUAUUUGAUGCCUUGGGACAUCGUGAUCAGGACAAGGACUGAAGAGGAGGGAGACCUGGACACUAAUUCCUGGCCAGCUCCCAACAAGGCCAUUCCCGGGAAGAGAAGCGCGGUCGUCAUGGGGAGAGGAAGGCGUCGGGACGAUGUGGCUCGUGCCUUUGUGGGGUUUGAGUACGAAGAUGCUCGCGGCCGGAGGUUCAUGUGUUCCGGGCCGGAGAAAGUCAUGAAGGUGAUGGGAGGGGGACCGAAAGAAUCGGCCAUCAAAGCUCUCAACUCCGAUAUGCCUUUGUACAUCUUGUCAUCCAACCCGGGGCGAGGGCUGAAACCACACUACGCUCAGCUGAUGAGACUUUUUGUUGUGGUUCCCGAUGCGCCUCUCCAGAUAAUACUGACACCGCAGGUCCAACCAGGGCCCCCUCCUUGCCCGAUAUUUUACCCUGAGAAGCAAGAGAUAACUCUUCCUCCUGACGGACUGUGGGUCCUUCGAUUUCCUUAUGCUUAUGUGACAGAACGGGGGCCCUGCUUUCUUCCGAAAGAAAACCAGCAGUUGAUGAGUUACAAGGUUAUUCGAGGGAUUCUAAAGGCUGUGGUACAAUAGCAACUAUUGGACCUCAAAGACUGAAUUAGUUUUGGAAGUUAUUUUUCCUUUCCCCCUCUCCCCCCAUCCCCAGCAUUCCCCUGAAAUGUAUGACGGAUUUUGAUUACUCACUGUUGAGAUUUUGAAAGUAAUCACUGCUUUGAUUUCAUGAAACCAGUAUAUGUACAAUUUUGAAAUGAUCUAUGCGUGCCAAAAAGGAUGCUGAGAAAGGCAGGAAUAGUCAUACUGAAGACAGGUUCUGGCUAACCCAUUGCAAUUCCAUAUAUUGGGGGGGGAUUGAUUUGUAAAACAGCUAUACAAUGGAACAUUCACAUAGAUUCUGGAUCCUGACAGCAUGAGUCAUUUGAGUGGAAAUA